GAUGUUCAACAUGGGUGUUGCACAAUUGCAAUUUAGUGUAACCUGCUCUGUAAAUGUCGAUUUCUUCAGCCUCCAUUCAAAUAGCAUUGUUUAAUAAUCGAUUCGGAAUGCACCAUAACAAAGCGAGGGUGUAUUAAUAGUUGAUGGCCAAGGGGGCGCGCGAGUUGGGUUCGAUCAAUAAGAACAACGGUGCACAUCCUCCCAUAACUCUUGAUUCUUCUCACGAACACAAUCGCCCGUGGGUCUCUGUUGUUGGGAUAUUUCUAGUGACGCCAGUGUGAAUUCGUAUUGCAAGUAUCACUCUUUAAUAAUAGUUCUGAUAUAGUUGACAGAGGUAUAACGAGUAACAACAACAACCACGACGCAGGAUUGUCAGCCAUUGUAUGACGAGGGGAAGAGCUGAACGUGUUGUCAACACAAUUUGAAAAAAGGGGGUGUUGAUCCAUUGAGACAAUUUUUUGUGCUUCCUGAAGUCUGCAGAAAAACAGGUCGACGUUGCAGCUGGAAAAGUUUGCAUCUAUAUGCCUAUACAACUGAACAUUUUGAAUGUUUGUUUGGGAGACUCGAGAACAUUUUCCUGAAUGUUCCACCUUUUGAAAUCUGUUAAGCCGGAAUGGAUUGGCAGUAUGAAUCGACAAGGAUUUUCCAGACAUUUCUUCGCAUCGGGGAUGAUCUGUUCUGAAUCUUCAGCUUUUCUCCAGUAAAUAAUAUAGAUAAUAGAGAAAUGGACAGCUCCAAUUCCAUUUUACCACUGUAUCACCCACGUAUUAUUCACCGACCAGCCUACAGAGUAGGAUAUUUAAACGUGGAUUUGUGGCUCUUCGUCUUCGGCAUUUUCAGCACCGAUCAUGGCCGUGCGGACAACUUUCCUACAACUGUUGCUAAUCACUGCAGCGGCCUUGAUACUGCCGGUGUAUUUCGCUGUUUGGAAGUUCCUCAUAGUGGAUCCGAUUUCUCAAAAGAGGUUACGAUAUCAAGAGUUCUAUUUGCGGGAUAAAAUGGCAAGGGGACCGUUCCUAAACGUAGGCCGACCUCAUUGGCAGGGAUCUCAAAUUCCAAAUCAAUCUUUAGACACCGUCAAGAAAAUGGCGCAAAUAAAACAGAAACCCGAAAGUUUGUCUGAGAAAACUCUAGCGACUGAUACGAACCAGAACCGCAAGGAUUCCAAGUCAUUGCAAACCUCUCGCAAAACAGACGACGCACUGUCCAAAUCGAGGUCGCCUGUGGAUGUGCGAAAAGAGAAAUACCAGAACGUGGAUUAUGGGCAAUCGUGUAAGUUUCUGAAGACAUCAAAGGGACUACAUCGAGUCUGCAUUGAUCGGUACAGCAAUGGAUCAAGAGGCAGGCUGACAGCAAAGGCUGUUAUGGCACAGAAGCGGUAUUACACCAAGAAACCAGUACUAGUAUCGCAUGAUGUACCGAAACCGGAUGCCGGGGAAAUCGGGAAAGAAAACUCAGAUGACGGAGAGAUGACACAAAGUCCUGUAGUAAGGAAUAUCGAUAUGAAACCGCGCCGACACCGGGAUGCCACCGUCCCGUCCCGCAUAUCGAAACCUUCUACCCGUGGCAUUCUGGAUAAUGCUCUGUGGUUAUCUUACAUAGAUCCUCACGAUUACAGAUACCUGGUCAAUCCCGCCACAACCACCUGUCAGACACACGACCGUAUUGACUUGCUGGUACUUGUGACUUCUCAUCCGAACAACAACGAGAGGCGUGCCGUCAUCCGGGAGACGUGGGGAGCUCCGCGCGGGAGCACGGCUCUGUCCGCCGAGGUCAGGGUUCGCUUCCUUCUCGGAGUCACGAACCUCACCAGCGGACGAACUCUACCUAGCGACCUGCAGAGGGAGGUGGAAGAGUAUGACGACCUAAUUGUGGAGGAUUUCCUGGAUUCCUACCUGAACCUGACCACCAAGACCGUGAUGGGACUCAAGUGGGCCAGCCGCUUUUGCCCCGACGCCCGCUACGUCAUGAAAACCGAUGAUGAUAUCAUCGUCAACAUACCAAAGAUUCUGGCGUUCCUACACACUGCGCCGAGGAGAGUACUCAUCGCUGGCCGCUUGGCCAAGUCGUACCCCGUGCUCCGUGAUAAAUGGGAGAAAUUCUACGUGCCCAAAGACAUCUACUCGAAAUCAACGUACCCGGAUUAUUGUGUGGGACUUGGCUAUAUCAUGUCCACGGACUUGGUGAACAGGUUGUACCUCCAGUCUUUACUGACACCUCUCUUUCCCUGGGAGGAUGUAUACGUUGGUAUCAUGCUGAAAGAAAUUGGGAUCAUACCAAAAGACAUCAAGAAUUUCUAUUACUUCAACGGGGGUAGUUUAUUCCAGGGGGAUGCAAUACUUGUCGCACCUAAAAAGACGCUGUACCGGUUGAGGUCAUUUUACAUGUUGGACGGCCUAACCCCGACCCAGACACGAAUAUUGUGGAAGCAAUGGCGAGGCUAGCUUUGUGGAUUCCACCUGGACCAAGUCACCAUUGCAGGAUUUGACCUGGAUGGAACAAUCAUUACCACAAAGUCGGGAAAAGUGUUUGCUACAAGUGCCGACGAUUGGAGGCAAGUUUUCCGACAUGCAUGUACAUCCUAAUAUAUCAUUAAAUAUUACGUACAAAUGAAGGCCUUUGCCACAAACAACCAGUGCUGUAGUCAAGUACUUUUAUCGGAGUACAAAGUGUUGCGGAGUACCAACCUAUCGAGUAACCACGAGUACUUUGACCCUUUGGAACGAGUACACGUACCGGUACCUGAGUCGAGGUACUUGGACCUUCCAGUACAAGUUUUGUGAAGCUGAGUCUGAGUGCCUGCACCUCUGAUUACAAGUCUGAGUAACUGGGCCUCUGAGUGCAA